ACUAGAACAACCAAGGCUUGUUCUCUACAUAAACUGGUGUUGUGUUGGUUGAAACUUAAAAAUGCAUACGGAAUGCCCGUUUUCGCUAAUGCGUAUGGACCACAGUCAAUAGAUAUUUUGGAAAGAUAG